AUAAAAAUGAGCAAAACGACGAGGCCGAUCUCGCUGAAUCGGAUAGUUCAACGGAAUGUCAGAUAUUGUGCAAAACAGCUAGAAUACUUUCUUUUCCCGGUUCUCACUCGGGAGGUCGUGUUCUUUUUGACGUUAUGGACAGUCUUGGACGCCCUGGAAAUGAAUUUUAUGAAUUUGGCGCCGAAAAGCUUGGAAGUUAUGGCUUUUGGAAUUAUUGGCACAUCCCUUCUUGCUCAAACUCUUGUGUCUCUGCUCAUCGGUACCGUCACUGCACUUACCGUAAUUACCGUAAUCCGAUGCUCCUUAAUCAUGAUGCUCUAUUACAAUGGAUGGCUUUUUGAGGAAAUUGGCAAGAAGCCAAGCUAUGCAACGACAGCGUUCUUUGUAAUCCUGGGUUUUAUUUCAAAAAGAGCAACAUUUUUCUCAUAUCAAGGAAUUCUUCCAUGGCUUUUACCACCAAAAGUUGAGGAUACAGUUGCCAAGUAUUUGCAGACAAUGAAGCCUAUUUUGGGAGAGAAAGAGUUUUUGGAGCUCUCGGAGCAAGCUGAAGAGUUCAAGAGCACAAUUGCCGGUGGCCUACAGAAUAAGCUUUGGAUGAAAUGGGCAGUGUCUAAGAAUUAUCUCUCCGACUGGUGGAAAGAAGUUGUCUACAUGCGUUACCGUGACUCCCUCAUCCGAACCAAUGUCGGAUGUGCUGACGUCAUCUACCAAAAGACCACCUCCAACCAGGCCGCCCGUGCCGCCUACGUCACCCUCAACCGCCAACACUUUUGCAAUGAUAUCUUCAAGUCGGAGAAGAUGAAGCCAGUAAGCCUAGGAGGAAUUCCAUUGUGUGCUCAGCAGUAUGCCGAGUACUAUAGAACAUUAAGAAUUCCACAUGAGACGAGCGACAAAAUGAUUCGACUUCCGGAUGCUAAGCAUAUCGCCGUGUACCAUAAAGGUUGCUGGUACAAGAUUGAUAUUUUCCAUGGAAAACGUAUGGUGAAGCCGUCGGAGUUGGAGAAGAGUUUCCAAGAAAUCUUAGACUCAAACGAUCACAUUUCUCAACAAGGUGAGAAAUAUCUGUCAGCACUUACAAUUGGACCAAGAGAUCUUUGGGCUAGAAUUCGCACUGAAAAGUUCUCAAAAGGAGGUGUAAAUCAGGAAUCAUUGAGUUUUAUCGAAAACUCACUGGAAAUAGUUUUCCUCGACGAAGAAGAACGAUUCUUUGAUGAAGACGACUCGACAAAGUAUGGAAGAGAAUAUGCCAGAGCCCUACAUGGAGAUGGAUAUAUGUUAUGGUGUGAUAAACCGAGUGUCUACAUUUUUAGCAAGAAUGGAAGAUUCUCCUCGAACGCCGAACAUUCUCCAUGCGACGCCAUGAUCUAUGUACAAGUCCGUGAAUACAUCAAGUACCAUGAACAAUUCGAGUCUCCAUAUGGCCCAGACGGUCAUUGUGUUGGAUCCAUUGAGCACGUUCCAAAAGCGGAGAGGUUGUGCUGGGAUAUGGACAAAGAAACUUUGGACGCUAUUGAUGAGGCAUUUAUUAUCUCAAAAGGUGUUGCUGAUGACUUCAGUAACGCCAAUGUGGUAUUCACAGAGUACGGAAAGGAUUUCAUGAAGAAGGCCAAAGUAUCCCCGGAUGCUUAUAUCCAGAUGGCUCUGCAAAUGGCUUAUUUCAAGGAUCAAGGAAAGUUCGAGCAAACUUAUGAGCCCGCGGUGAUGAGAUUAUUCAAGGAGGGAAGAACUGAAACUGUUAGAUCGUGCUCUAUCUGGUCAUGUGAUUUUGUGAGAACUAUGCUGAAAAAGGACGUGGGUGCAGGGAAAAAAUUGGAGAAGCUGAAAGAGGCAUGUGAUCAUCACCAAGAUUAUUAUAGAACUGCGAUGGCUGGAAAAGGAGUCGACCGUCAUCUAUUUGCCUUGUACGUCGUCGCCCGUUACCUUGAAAUCAAAACUCCAUUCCUUGAGAACGUAUUCGGCAGGAACUGGUCCCUAUCCACAAGCCAGACCCCUCAACAUCAAAUGGUCGAAUACGCGAAAGCCCUCAACAAAGAACCAUCACUUUUCUGGCCAGCCGGUGGAUUUGCAUGCCCCGAUGGCUCUAACUAUGGGGUGUGCUAUACAAUUGGAACGACCGGAGAUCGAAUGAGUUUCCAUGUGACCACGUGGAAUUCGUUAGAAAAUACUGACUCGGCGAGGUUUUUGAAGCACAUUUUGGAGAGCUUGCGGGAGAUUAAGGAUGUUGUUGAAGAGGCUACACGAAAGUGAAACUUAAAAGUUUAAUUUUACGGUUUUGGAUAUUUGUACAACUUAAUGUGAGACUUGAGAAUUCAAUUCUGAUGUAAAAAUGUGAAUUUUGUUAUGAUUUUGAUAUGCUCCUAUAUACAUAAAUCUCUUCAUAUUAAUAAAGUUUUAUUGAAAA